AUGAACAACAAUACUGAAGGUCCCAGUUCGGAAAUACUUCUCAACACACUACUAAGGGAGGGAUUUCUUACCGAACAGGAAUAUACGAAAAAGCUAGAGGAGUUGAGAGCAAGUGAUCAACCAGAAGUUUUGAUGGAAGAGGAGCAACCUAAAUAUAAUAUUGAUGAAAUGAUCGAGGAAUUGGAAAAGCAAGCAGAACUUAGUAAGGAUACAAAUGUAAAACAGAUUUUUGAGGAACAGGAAAGGCUUGUUAAAAAUCUAAUCGAGAAUAUCAUCAAUGAAGCUAAGAAGAUGGUUGAAAAGAAGAAGGAUGCACUGAUUGAAAAAAUCAAGAAGGAUGCUGCUGAUGAAGUUAAGGAAACAGCAAGGUCAAGACAGUACACUCCCAAAAGAGUUGAUAGAAAUGAUGAUUCCAAACCAAGCUCAUCAUCUGAUGAAAUAAUGACUGUGGAUUAUUUGCUCUUUUUAUCAAAUGAAAUAAUUGUACAAACAGAAUGCUCAAAAGCUGAACAAAUAUACAAUGAAAUGAAGAGGAAAAUAUCAAUUCUGGACUCCAAAGAACAUAAUAUGUAUUCCUUUUUGGAUUCUGUUAAAGAAAGUCCAAACUACACCCUUGCCUUAUUUUGUUGUGCUAUAUUUUCCAGAUCUAUUUUAAUGGACAAUCACAAGACCAUUUCUUUCUGCACUAAUUUGUUGGAAAUCCAAACAAGUGAACACAAUUUACUUGUAUGUUUAACACACUAUAUAAGGGGAUGUUGCUACGUUGAUCUUAAAAGAUAUUCUGAAGCCAAAAUGGAUUUCGGAAAAAUAAUUGAGGAUUACGACUAUUACAAAGCAUAUGUUUCCAGAUCAUUAAUAUUACAAAGAUCAGACCAAGUAGAGGCAGCUCUCAACGAUUUAAAUAUUGGUAUUGAAAAUCAUCCUAACAUUGCAAUGCUUUAUAAAUGCAGAGCAGAUUUGUACAAGAAUUCAUUAGAUGACUGGGAAAGCGCAUUGAGAGAUUACAAUCAUGCAAUCAUUCUAUCUCCAGAUUACUUUGCAGCAUUUUUAAGUAGAGCUCAAUUAUUCUUCAAGAUUAGUGAAUUUGAUAUGGCUUUAGCAGAUUACAAUCGAGCAUUGAAAAUACAAGCCAGCUCAGUACCUUGUUUGGUUGGAAGAGGAAAGGUUUUCGAAGUUGGGUUUAAAAAUUUUGAAUCAGCUAGGCUUGAUUACAUUCUUGCAUUAAAGCUUGAUCCAAAGAAUCUGGAAGCGAAGGAUAAUUUACAAAGAAUAGAGAAAAUUUUCAAAGAUGUCAAGAAAGAAAAACCAGCUCAGAAAUCUCACACUCACAUAUUGGACAUUCUUGUCUCUAAAUCAAAGGAAAUAAGGAAUUCUAGAAGUCUUAACGAUUCCUUCAAAAUAUAUUUGACCAUUAUAGAUGUUUUGGAACUGCAAUCACACUCUAUAACCGAAAAACUCAUUGAAAAUAUGGUAGAAGCAAAUAUUAACACUACUACUGAAGAUGAAUCUAUGUUGAUAAGAGUUCUGUACAAUAGAAUAAUCAAAAAGGAUUAUGAAAAUUGCCUCAGUGACCUAGAUUCAAUAAUACAUGAUAUGGAUGACAGUUGUAGACCGUUUAAAGCACUUACUCAUUUCAUAAGAGCAUUAUGUUACGAGGAUAUGCAAAACUAUCAACAAGCACUUAAGGAUUAUAGUUUAAUCACUGAUAAGUAUGAUUCGAAAUCAGUCCAUGUAUUUUUAAAUCGUGCUAACUUGUAUUGCUACAAAUUAAAAGACCACAAAACAGGAUUAAGCAUCAUUAAUCAAGCAAUAGCAAAUGAUCCUUCCAACGCUGUGCUUUUCAAUAUGAGGGGUCGUAUAUACGAAACAUGUAUGGAAGACCUGGAGGCAGCUAGAUUUGAUUUCGAAACUGCAAUCAAGAUUGACAAUUGCUACACAAGCGCAAAAAAUAACCUUAAGAGGAUUGUAGACAAAUUAAGCCAAAAAUGA